GUACCUACUCAUCAAAGAAGAAGAAGAAGAAGUGGAACUCAAAAGGUUCCAACAAAAUACUAACAAAGCAAACUACAUUUUAAGAUAACUUUCUAACUUCAUGGGUUCGAUGGAGGCUUUAGCGAUGGCGGGAGUGGAUUAUCAAGAAUGGGGACUUAGUAUUGAGGAAUGGGAGCUUCAAGAAUCUGUAGUUCCGCCCCAUUUGAUUGCUGAUGAUUUUGAAGAAGAAGAACAAGAAGAAGAACUUCGAGACAACGAUGAUGAUGAUAGAGGCUUAGCGGUUAAACAAUCAGUCACUUGUGAUUGUGACAUUAGAGCUUCGGUUGGGAAAUUGAUUGAGCAAUCUAUCUCACAUAUGAUUGUUCACCUCAAACAGCUUAAGUUCUUAACACUUCUUCUUGAGAAUUUUUUGUUUAGCCAUGUUCUUGAUUUUCUUUUGUAAUUGUCUUAAGAAGUCUUUUUUUUUUGUGGUGAUCAACCGGUUUAAGAGUUUUGUUUUCAUAAAAGAGUGAGUUAAAU